AUGUGGCUUUUGUUCACAGGUUACCUUUGUGCUUCUUAUGCCCUGCAAAUUCCGAAAGGCUACAAUCAAGAGUUGCUGAUUCUUGGUCUUAUCUACUUGUAUUUUACCCUCUACUUGUUGUUUUGCUAUGUUCCUACGACCAUAGUGACGAAACCAUGGAACUAUACCCUCAAUGAGAUAUCCCGCUUCCUACACGCUCGACUCAGCCAAAGAAUCAGAACACUUAGUUGGGCAUUUUUUGUGCUUGUUGUCAUUGUUGUUACUAUCUUUUCUCUCCCUGAAAAAGAAGAAUCGCCCAGGGUUCGUCGUUUAAUUGCACUUUUCGGUUUGGUCGUCUUUAUUGGUGGUACAUAUGGUGCUUCCACGAGUCGCAAACAUAUUCCUUGGAAUACCAUCAGCAGUGCCAUUCUCAUCCAGUUCAUCUUGGCACUCUUUGUAUUCCGAACUAGUGUCGGUCAUGAUAUUUUCUCAUGGUUAGCAACGUUCGCUCAAGGUUUCCUUGGAAAAGCCUGGUACGGUACAGCCUUCGUUUUUGGCGAUGCCACUGCUAAUGCUGGUACAUUCGCCGUGGGCGUGUUCCCUGCAGUUAUCUUCUUUGCCGCUACUGUGCAGGUUUUAUACUACCUUGGCACUAUCCCAUGGCUUUUAGGCAAGCUUUCAACCAUCUGUAUGAAAGUUUUGGACGUAUCCGGUGCUGAAGCUAUUGUUGCUAUUGCAUCUCCUUUCCUGGGUCAAAGUGAAAACGCAUUGUUAAUCGAACCACUAAUGUCACGCUUAACAAAGUCAGAAAUUCACCAAAUCAUGACAUGCGGCUUCGCGACUAUCUCAGGUUCCGUUUUAUACGGUUACAUGGCCAUGGGCGUCUCUGGACAGGCGCUUCUUACCUCUUGCAUUAUGUCUAUCCCUUGCUCAAUUGCUAUCUCAAAGCUCAGAUACCCAGAAGCCGAAGAAUCUCAAGUGAAAAAUAUCAGAAACAUCAAUACGCAAAAUGAUGCCGUCAAUUUUCUCCAUGCCGCUGGUAAAGGCGCCUCGAUUGGUAUUAACAUUGUUCUCCUCAUUAUGGCCAAUCUUAUCACUUUAUUGGGUCUACUCUACGCUGUCAAUGCCUUCUUGACCUGGGCCGGUAAUUUCCUCACUAUUCAAGAAUUAACCCUCCAACUAGUUACUGGUUAUGUCUUUGUUCCUAUUGCAUGGCUUAUUGGUGCUGAUGAUAAAGAUUUGGUAACCGUAGGAAGACUGAUGGCUACAAAGAUCUGGGCCAACGAGUUCGUAGCUUACCAAGAUUUGACGACAACUUACAAAGGUCUCCUAUCUGCCCGAUCGGAAGUCGUUGUUACUUAUGCUCUGUGCGGUUUUGCAAACCUCGGAUCUAUGGGUCAACAAGUGGCUGUUUUAAGUGCAUUAGCUCCUAGCAAGGCUGGUGACAUCUCAUCGUUGGUCAUUUCUGCUAUGAUUUGCGGAUCUCUCAGUACAUGGCUCUCUGCUUCGAUUGCUGGUAUGCUCGUCUAA